AUGUCGCACUCUCACUACUUCAACACUUCCAUCCACACUCCCUACCCCUCCAAAUUCGACUCUGUCGAGGACUCUUGGGCGCCUCUCGUUCCCGGUCUCCUUGACCUCGACCCAUGUGCAGACUCGCCAAUCAAGAUGAACUUUGACUUUGAGCCCCUCCAUUACGAAGUCAAGCUCGGUCAUAGCCACGGUCCCAGCCACGGCCACAAGGCACGCAGCACGCCUCGGUCAGAGCGGACUGUGUCGAAGAGCGACGUCGGCCUGAACAUGUUUGGCGAGAUUCACGGCGAGACGCAACACAUCGAGGACAUGGACCAGGCCUCGCUCUCAUCGUCAGCGUCAGCGCCAAGGCAGCAGCUCUCGACUCCAUCAUUACUUCGCGCACCCCGCCUCCCCACUCGGCCCCUCAUGUCUAGCCCCAACUCGCCGCUCAUCGCCGCCGACCCUAGCAUGACCUCCUCUUCCAUCAUCCCUUCAGUUGAGGGCACUCGCGCACCAGCGGCACCACGCUUCUCGGCACUUGGCCUCGACCUGACAGCCGGCCCCGAGCUCAUGUACCCGUCUCCUCCCAUCUCUCCCACUGCUGGACGUGGUCGUCGUCGCGCUCGUCCAUCGAUCACCGAGCGCUCGCAGGACGUCGAGCGAGGCCGUACCCGUGAACGCGGACGACGCACUGAGGACGACGACGUCCCUGACCUUGCGCAUUCGCAUGACGAGCUCUCCCUCCGCAACCGCGUCAACGACUGGUCGAGUGCAGUCUACGCAGCGACGAGCUCGCCCUCGACGCCGCCCGAGUCGUCACCAAUCGCCCUUGCUCUUUACGAUGAGGUCGAGCUGGCGACCGCCCUCGGUCGCCUCAACGCCGACUCUGUGGGUCCAGUCCGCGUCCCCUCGGCAUCUGUCGAGGUACUUGCUCGCCCGGGUCUGCAUCGCGCAACUUCGCUGCAACACGACACGGCUCCUGGCGCCGCACAACUCGGGCCAUGGGCGCUGCGCGUGGGCCAGUCCCGCAGCCGACUGGUCAACGUGCCGCGCCUUCGUCGUGCCGCCACAUCUUCGAGUGCGCAUCGCAUCUAG